UCUAGAAUUUCAUAUGAUAUAUGUCAAUAUAUGGUUGCUAAAAAAAAUAUGUCAAUAUAUUAUCUUUUAAAAACAUAAAUCACGGCUUUGCUUUAAUUUUAGUGAUUGACUAAAUAUGCAAUAUAUAUUUUGAUUACCGAAUAUUCUUCUCUUAUUCCCGCGUUACCUCCUCACCUUUAUUAAAAAUCCACCCGGAAACUUGUAAAAGGCAAAAUUAAAACAAAAUCAUCCAAGAGAUCUUAAUAACCGUUGGAUCAUAAUACAAGAGACAUGUUUGACCUCUAAACAUCAUCAAAUCUAACGGUUCACAAACGAAAUAGGAUUCUAAAAUUUUUUUUUUCUUCCUUUUUUCACCAUUAAGGUAAUGCUCCAAUGGCAUCUCUUAGAAAGUCCUCCAUUGUUUUGUAUAAAUACCAAACCACAUUUCUCUCCUUCUCCAUCCACAACCAACGAACUCAAAGAUCCAAUCAAAUCUAACACACAAAUUUCUUCAGGUUUUCUUGAGACAUGGCUUGCAACAACAAUAAGAACAACAUUGUCGUUGUGUUCGAUUUUGACAAGACCAUCAUCGACGUUGAUAGCGAUAAUUGGGUUAUCGAUGAACUUGGCUUCACUGAUUUGUUCAAUCAACUUCUCCCCACCAUGCCUUGGAACACAGUCAUGGAUUGUAUGAUGAAAGAACUUCAUGAUCAGGGCAAAACAAUUGAAGAGAUCAAACAAGCCCUAAGAACAAUCCCUAUCCAUCCACGGAUCGUCCCUGCCAUCAAAGCUGCACAUGCUUUAGGGUGUGAGCUUAGGAUAGUGAGCGAUGCGAACAUGUUCUUCAUCGAGACCAUGGUUGAGCAUCUCGGGAUUAGUGAACUCUUCUCUGAGAUUAACUCGAACCCAGGAUUUGUCGAUGAGCAUGACACGUUGAGAAUUUCUCCUUACCAUGAUUUCACUAACUCCUCUCAUGGUUGCACUCUUGGCACUUGCCCUCCUAACAUGUGCAAGGGUUUAGUCAUUGAGAGGAUUCAAGAUUCUCUAGCUAAAGAAGGGAAGAAGAAGAUUUAUUUAGGAGAUGGAGCUGGUGAUUACUGUCCUAGCCUAAAACUAAAAGCUGAAGAUUACGUGAUGCCACGUAAGAAUUUCCCGGUUUGGGAUCUGAUUAGUCAAAAUCCGUUGCUGGUUAAAGCAACGAUUAGAGAAUGGACCGAUGGUGAAAGCUUGGAGAAGAUAUUAAUGGGAACCAUUGAGGAGAUUAUCCUGGAGGAAGAGAAGGAGAAGAAGAUGUUGAGUACUAGCGCAGAGAAUACUUGCAAGAUUCAUACAAUCUCUGUCGGGAUUAAUGUUCAUCAUGAGCCUAUUAUGCCUCGUGCUCUUCGAGUUUCUCAGUCUGGUUAGAUGUUUUUUUAAUAUAAUGUAGGAAGAAGAAAAAUAUUAUCUGUGGUCAUGUGGUGAUACUCUUCUUCUUCUCCUAGUAAUCCAAACAUAUUGGACUUUAUCCUAAGUACGAUGUGACUGUGAAGUUGCAUGUAUCUAUGAUUGUAAUUCUUGUUUUAUAACAAGUACCUAUCUGGUUGAAAUAUAUUUCGAAUUAAACCGCUAAACUAAA